GAUGACGACAUCUUCCUGCGCCGGAUAUGUUUGCCUCCAUCGAUCAGGAGCCCCCGAAUGCUGAUGUGUUACAAGGAAGCCUCGCCGCAGGGAGUCUCGUGAGUUUCCUCCUGCGAGUCAGUCAAGAAUAAAACAGUGGAGGUGAAGCGGCGGCGGGUCACAGGUCGAUGUCAAAGAAAGACGCGGCGGAAGAGAUCGAAUGGCGCCCAAAGGGAAGGUUGGCACAAAGGGAAAGAAGCAGAUCUAUGAGGAGAACGAGGCGACUCUAAAGUUCUACAUCAGAGUCAUCCUAGGAGCCAAUGCAAUAUACGCCGCCAUCAAUUUUUUGGUUUUCUACAGUUCGUCAUCAUUUUCGACAUGGCUCCUGCUUGUGUUCGCCCUGGCCGUGUAUGUCGGGAGUUACCGCUCCAUGUCGGCCAUGGCCAAGCCAGCGUUCGCCGAUGACGGAGCUCUCCUGGACGGAGGAAUAGACUUGAACAUGGAGCAGGGAAUGGCUGAGCACCUCAAGGACGUCAUCCUGCUCACAGCCAUAGUGCAAGUGCUCAGCACCAUCUCCUCUUAUUUCUGGUAUCUUUGGCUUCUGGCCCCGGCCCGAGCCCUCCACAUGCUGUGGGUGAACAUCCUGGGCCCCUGGUUUAUGGCAGACAGCCCGUCGGCCCCGGAGGAAGUGAACGAGAAGAAGCAGAGAAGACAAGAGCGCAGACAGAUGAAGAGAUUCUGAUGCUGCGGGUCGGACGGAGGCAGUAUUUUUAUACACAGAAUCUAAUAUACAGAUAGCAAGGAACUCGUAAGUUAUUCAGGAGGACAUUUUGUUAUUAAGUUAAACUCUGUCCAAAUCUCAUACUGUGGCAUCUUCUUAUUGCAUGUUUGUUUGUUUUUCUGCUUUCUUCUGAAAUCCAAUUUUUGUGCUUCAGCUAUUAAAUGUGUUCCCUGCUUGGAUAAUGUCACGGUCCAAAUCUCAUUUAUUCUCAUGCAGGGAUUUGAGUUUGUUGCUUUUGCACAAUUCCGCCCCCAGCAGA